AUGGCAGAAGACAGUCCAGUCAAAAUCGUGAAACAAGACAAAGGCAUUGUGAUUGAAGAUGAUUGGCCAGGCUACAGUCUGGAUCUCUUUACAUAUCCGGAGCAUUACCAUGGUGACAUAGAGAGCGUGUACAUCCCACAUGGAGUCAUCAUGGACAGGAUAGAGUGCUUGGCCAGAAACAUCUUAGAAGACAUUGGAAAUCAUGACGUCAUUGCUCUAUGUGUUCUUAAAGGAGGGUACAAGUUCUGCGCUGAUCUGGUAGAGUCUAUCAAAGUACUGAGUCGUAGUACUAAUAGGACACUAACAAUGAGGGUUGAGUUCAUUCGCCUCAAGAGUUACUUGAAUGACCAAUCAACAGAAGAUCUGCACAUAAUAGGGCCUGAGGACCUGUCGAUGCUGCGAGGGAAGAACGUCUUGAUUGUAGAGGCUAUAGUUGACACAGGAAAGACAAUGAAGGCACUUCUGAAGCAUGUGGAGACAUUUCAGCCCAAGAGGAUUGGAGUGGCAGGAUUGCUGGUGAAGAGGGUCCCUAAUGGAGUUGGAAGGCUCCCGGAUUAUGUUGGAUUUGUCAUUCCUAAUCGUUUUGUCGUCGGAUAUGCGCUCGACUACAAUGAGUAUUUUCGAGACCUAAAUCAUAUAUGUGUAAUCAGUGAGAGAGGAAAGGUGAAGUAUAAGCUUUGA